AUGACCACCACACCUACAACCACUUCGGAGACCACAACCGAGCCCCCAACCAGCACCACACUUACGACCACUUCGGAAACCACUACCGAGCCCCCAACCAGCACCAUACUUACAACCACUUCGGAGACCACAAGCGAGCCGCCAACUACCACCACACCUACAUCCACUUCGGAGAGCACUACCGAGCCCACAACCACCACCACACCUACGACCACUUCGGAAACCACUACUGAGCCCACAACCACCACCCCACCUACAACCACUUCAGAGACCACUACCGAGCCCCCAACCACCAUCACACCUACGACCACUUCGGAGACAACAACCGAGCCCACAACCACUACCACACCUACAACCAUGUCGGAGACCACAACCGAGCCGCCAACCACCACAACACUUACAACAACGUCGGAGACCACUACAGAGCCACCAACCACCAUCACACCUACAACCACUUUGGAAACCACUACCGAGCCCACAACCACCACAACACUUACAACCACUUCGGAGACCACUACCGAGCCACCAACCACCAUCACACCUUCAACCACUUUGGAAACCACUACCGAGCCACCAACCACCAUCACACCUUCAACCACUUUGGAAAACACUACCAAGCCCCCAACCACUACCACACCUACAACCACUUCGGAGAGCACAACCGAGCCAACAGCCACCACCACACCUACAACCACUUCGGAGACCACAACCGAGCCCACAACCACCACCACACCUACAACCACUUCAGAGACCACUACUGAGCCCCCAACGACCAUUACAUCCACUUUGGAGACCACUAUUGAGCCCGAAAUGACCACCACACCUACAACCAUGUCGGAGACCACAACCGAGCCGCCAACCACCACAACACUUACAACAACUUCGGAGACCACUACAGAGCCACCAACCACCAUCACACCUACAACCACUUCGGAGACCACAACCGAGCCCCCAACCACCACCCCACCUACGACCACUUCGGAAACCACAACCGAGCCCACAACCACCAUCACACCUACGACCACUUUGGAAACCACAAGCGAGCCGCCAACUACCACCACACCUACAUCCACUUCGGAGAGCACUACCGAGCCAACAACCACCACCACACCUACAACCACUUCGGAGACCACAACCGAGCCCCCAACCAGCACCACACUUACGACCACUUUGGAAAGCACUACCGAGCCCCCAACCACUGCCACACCUACGACCACUUCGGAAACCACUACCGAGCCUACAACCACCACCCCACCUACAACCACUUCGGAGACCACAAGCGAGCCGCCAACUACCACCACACCUACAUCCACUUCGGAGAGCACUACCGAGCCAACAACCACCACCCCACCUACAACCACUUCGGAGACCACAACCGAGCCCCCAACCACCACCCCACCUACGACCACUUCGGAAACCACUACUGAGCCCAUAACCACCACCACACUUACAACCACUUCGGAGACAACAACCGAGCCGCCAACCACCAUCACACCUACAACCACUUCGGAGACCACAACCGAGCCCACAACCACCAUCACACCUACGACCACUUUGGAAACCACUACCGAGCCCACAACCACCACAACACUGACAACCACUUCGGAGACCACUACCGAGCCACCAACCACCAUCACACCUUCAACCACUUCGGAAACCACUACCGAGCCCCCAACCAGCACCAUACUUACAACCACUUCGGAGACCACAAGCGAGCCGCCAACUACCACCACACCUACAUCCACUUCGGAGAGCACUACCGAGCCCACAACCACCACCACACCUACGACCACUUCGGAAACCACUACUGAGCCCACAACCACCACACUUACAACCACUUCGGAGACAACAACCGAGCCGCCAACCACCAUCACACCUACAACCACUUCGGAGACCACAACCGAGCCCACAACCACUACCACACCUACAACCAUGUCGGAGACCACUACCGAGCCGCCAACCACCACAACACUUACAACAACGUCGGAGACCACUAUCGAGCCACCAACCACCAUCACACCUUCAACCACUUUGGAAACCACUACCAAGCCCCCAACCACUACCACACCUACGACCACUUCGGAAACCACUACCGAGCCUACAACCACCACCCCACCGACAACCACUUCGGAGACCACAAGCGAGCCGCCAACUACCACCACACCUACAACCACUUCAGAGACCACUACUGAGCCCCCAACGACCAUUACAUCCACUUUGGAGACCACUAUUGAGCCCGAAAUGACCACCACACCUACAACCAUGUCGGAGACCACAACCGAGCCGCCAACCACCACAACACUUACAACAACUUCGGAGACCACUACAGAGCCACCAACCACCAUCACACCUACAACCACUUUGGAAACCACUACCGAGCCCACAACCACCACCCCACCUACAACCACUUCGGAGACCACAAGCGAGCCGCCAACUACCACCACACCUACAUCCACUUCGGAGAGCACAACCGAGCCCACAACCACCACCACACCUACGACCACUUCAGAGACCACAAGUGAGCCACUAGCCACCACCACACCUACAACCACUUCGGAGAGCACUACCGAGCCAACAACCACCACAACACUGACAACCACUUCGGAGACCACUACCGAGCCACCAACCACCAUCACACCUUCAACCACUUCGGAAGCCACUACCAACGAGCCGCCAACUACCACCACACCUACAUCCACUUCGGAGAGCACAACCGAGCCCACAACCACCACCACACCUACGACCACUUCAGAGACCACAACUACAACCACUUCAGAGACCACUACCGAGCCCCCAACCACCACCACACUUACAACCACUUCGGAGACAACAACCGAGCCGCCAACCACCAUCACACCUACAACCACUUCGGAGACCACAACCGAGCCCACAACCACUACCACACCUACAACCAUGUCGGAGACCACAACCGAGCCGCCAACCACCACAACACUUACAACAACUUCGGAGACCACUACAGAGCCACCAACCACCAUCACACCUACAACCACUUUGGAAACCACUACCGAGCCCACAACCACCACAACACUUACAACCACUUCGGAGACCACUACCGAGCCGCCAACCACCAUCACACCUUCAACCACUUUGGAAACCACUACCGAGCCCCCAACCACUACCACACCUACGACCACUUCGGAAACCACUACCGAGCCUACAACCACCACCCCACCUACAACCACUUCAGAGACCACAAGUGAGCCACCAGCCACCACCACACCUACAACCACUUCGGAGAGCACUACCGAGCCAACAACCACCACAACACUUACAACAACUUCGGAGACCACUACAGAGCCACCAACCACCAUCACACCUACAACCACUUUGGAAACCACUACCGAGCCCACAACCACCACCACCCCACCUACAACCACUUCGGAGACCACAAGCGAGCCGCCAACUACCACCACACCUACAUCCACUUCGGAGAGCACAACCGAGCCCACAACCACCACCACACCUACAACCACUUCAGAGACCACAAGUGAGCCACUAGCCACCACCACACCUACAACCACUUCGGAGAGCACUUCCGAGCCAACAACCACCACAACACUGACAACCACUUCGGAGACCACUACCGAGCCACCAACCACCAUCACACCUUCAACCACUUCGGAAGCCACUACCGAGCCCCCAACCACCACCACACUUACAACCACUUCGGAAACCACUACUGAGCCCACAACCACCACCCCACCUACAACCACUUCGGAGACCACUACCGAGCCCCCAACCACCACCACACUUACAACCACUUCGGAGACAACAACCGAGCCGCCAACCACCAUCACACCUACAACCACUUCGGAGACCACAACCGAGCCCACAACCACUACCACACCUACAACCAUGUCGGAGACCACAACCGAGCCGCCAACCACCACAACACUUACAACAACUUCGGAGACCACUACAGAGCCACCAACCACCAUCACACCUACAACCACUUUGGAAACCACUACCGAGCCCACAACCACCACAACACUUACAACCACUUCGGAGACCACUACCGAGCCGCCAACCACCAUCACACCUUCAACCACUUUGGAAACCACUACCGAGCCCCCAACCACUACCACACCUACGACCACUUCGGAAACCACUACCGAGCCUACAACCACCACCCCACCUACAACCACUUCAGAGACCACAAGUGAGCCACCAGCCACCACCACACCUACAACCACUUCGGAGAGCACUACCGAGCCAACAACCACCACAACACUUACAACAACUUCGGAGACCACUACAGAGCCACCAACCACCAUCACACCUACAACCACUUUGGAAACCACUACCGAGCCCACAACCACCACCACCACACUUACAACCACUUCGGAGACAACAACCGAGCCGCCAACCACCACAACACUUACAACAACUUCGGAGACCACUACCGAGCCACCCACUACCACCACACCUACAUCCACUUCGGAGAGCACAACCGAGCCCACAACCACCACCACACCUACAACCACUUCAGAGACCACAAGUGAGCCACUAGCCACCACCACACCUACAACCACUUCGGAGAGCACUACCGAGCCAACAACCACCACCACACCUACAUCCACUUCGGAGACCACAACCGAGCCAACAACCACCACAACACUGACAACCACUUCGGAGACCACUACCGAGCCACCAACCACCAUCACACCUUCAACCACUUCGGAAGCCACUACCGAGCCCCCAACCACCACCACACUUACAACCACUUCGGAAACCACUACCGAGCCCCCAACCACCACCACACUUACAACCACUUCGGAGACAACAACCGAGCCGCCAACCACCAUCACACCUACAACCACUUCAGAGACCACAACCGAGCCCACAACCACUACCACACCUACAACCAUGUCGGAAACCACUACCGAGCCCACAACCACCACCCCACUUACAACCACUUCGGAGACCACUACCGAGCCACCAACCACCAUCACACCUUCAACCACUUCGGAAACCACUACCGAGCCCCCAACCACUACCACACCUACGACCACUUCGGAAACCACAAGCGAGCCGCCAACUACCACCACACCUACAUCCACUUCGGAGACCACAAGCGAGCCGCCAACGACCACCACACCUACAUCCACUUUGGAGAGCACAACCGAGCCCACAACCACCACCACACCUACAACCACUUCAGAGACCACAAGUGAGCCACUAGCCACCACCACACCUACAACCACUUCGGAGAGCACUACCGAGCCAACAACCACCACCACACCUACAUCCACUUCGGAGACCACAACCGAGCCCCCAACCAGCACCAUACUUACAACCACUUCGGAGACCACUACCGAGCCCCCAACCACCACCACACCUACAACCACUUCGGAGACCACUACCGAGCCCCCAACCACCACCCCACCUACAACCACUUCAGAGACCACAAGUGAGCCACCACCCACCACCACACCUACAACCACUUCGGAGAGCACUACCGAGCCAACAACCACCACCACACCUACAUCCACUUCGGAGACCACAACCGAGCCCCCAACCAGCACCAUACUUACAACCACUUUGGAAACCACAACCGAGCCCCCAACCACCACCACACUUACAACCACUUCGGAGACAACAACCGAGCCGCCAACCACCACAACACUUACAACAACUUCGGAGACCACUACCGAGCCACCCACUACCAUCACACCUACAACCACUUUGGAAACCACUACCGAGCCCCCAACCACCACAACACUUACAACCACUUCAGAGACCACUACCGAGCCCCCAACCUCUACCCCACCUACAACCACUUCAGAGACAACAAGUGAGCCACCAGCCACCACCACACCU